GCUAGAAUCAAGUGGGCUAAGGGACCUUUUCCGUAAGGGGGAGGAGCCACGACACUAGGGGGAGGAGCUACGCCAGCGGGAUAGUUCCUCUACUAUCCACGCCACCAACUAUUACCUUUAGUAAUCAGGUGGCGAGCGAAGCGAGCCACCGAGCCCGAAGCGUGGCGAGCGUACUUUUCGGGUACCCUGUUCGCCCGUAGCUCCUCCCCCUGGUGACGUGUCUCCUCCCCUAGAUACGUCAGAAGGUCCCUUCUCCCACUCCGAAAUAGAAUCAACCGAGGAGGCAGCAGCUGACUUGCUGUGUGACAGUUCUAGUACUGUAGCCGGGGGAAGUCUCAUCACCACACAGGCCAGGAGCUAACUACUUCCAGCCAAGGGGGUGUUCAUUGAACCUAUCAUCAGAGCAGAUAUGGAGCUGGCUCACAGUUUACUCCUUAAAGAAGAUGCUCUGGCGCAGGUUACAGAGGCCAAGAAAUCUGUCUUUGUGUUUGAGUGGCUGCGGUUUCUGGAUAAAGUGCUCAUAGCAGCAAACAAGACAGACAUCAAAGAGAACCAGAAGAAACUUGUGGAACAGCUUACCGGGCUCAUAAGUAGCUCCCCUGGACCACCCACCCGCAAACUGCUAGCCAAGAAUCUUGCCACACUCUAUAGUAUUGGAGACACCUACACUGUCUUCCAAACAUUGGAUAAGUGCAAUGAAAUGAUAAAGAGCAAAGAUGACACUGCUGCCUAUCUACCAACCAAGCUGGCCGCUGUUGCUUGUGUAGGAGCAUUUUAUGAAAAGAUGGGCAGGAUGUUGGGCAGCUCAUUUCAUGACACUGUAAAUAAUCUGCUGAAGUCCCUGAAAAGUGCAGAGUCACAGGGACGCAGUGAAAUCUUAAUGAGCUUGCAGAAAGUGCUUAAUGGUCUUGGAGGGGCUGCAUCUUCAAGCCACAGGGACAUCUACAAAAAUACUCGAUCCUUUUUGACAGACAGGUCUAUGGCUGUCCGAUGUGCUGUAGCCAAGUGCUUGCUGGAGCUUCAGAGUGAGGCUGUGUUUAUGUGGACUGCAGAGCUAGAGAAUGUAGCAACGCUUUGUUUCAAGGCACUAGAAGGUUCUAACUAUGGCGUCAGAGUUGCGGUGUCUAAACUUCUGGGAACGGUUAUGGCUACAGCAUUGAUGCCAAAACAGGCAGCAGUGAUGCGUCAGAAUGUGAAGAAGGCCACGUUAGAAGAGGUGCUGGAAUUGAUGGCUACUGGAUUUCUACGUGGGGGCUCUGGGUUCCUUAAGAGUGGAGGAGAAAUGCUAAAGGGUGGAGGAUCGAUCAGUCGCGAAGUGCGAGUUGGCGUGACACAGGCAUAUGUAGUAUUUGUUACUGCUUUAGGGGGACAGUGGCUGGAGCGCAAUUUUGCCACGUUCCUCUCUCACGUUCUAGACCUUGUGUCCCACCCCCGAGCCACUCAGACACAUGUGGAAGCAGUCUACUCCCGAAGAUGUGUGUCCUUUAUUCUGAGGGCCACUGUUGGUAGUUUGCUUGGGGAGAAGGCUCAAAAUGCAGCAGCUAAAGAGAUCUGCCAGGCCAUCGGUAAACAGAUGAAAUCUGUGGAAGCUGUUGUGAAUGACGCAAGUAAUGAAAAUAAAGUAGGUACCGCAGAUGUUUCUGCCAGUCAGCAUGUGAUGGUGUGCGCUCUGCAGGAGCUGGGAAGCCUGGUUCAAAGCUUGAACUCCACUGCAUCACCUCUUAUACAGGAGCCUUCAAUAGGGCUCUUGGAUACAGUGACCUCUGUGCUACUUCACCCCAGCAUGGCAGCCCGGCUUGCUGCAGCAUGGUGUUUGCGCUGUGUUGCUGUGGCCCUACCCUUCCAGCUGACCCCACUCCUGGACAGGUGUGCUGAGAGGCUUAAUAAUCUUAAGAACUCCCCAGAAGCUGUUAGUGGUUACAGUUUUGCUAUGGCUGCUUUGCUUGGAGGAGUACAUCAGUGCCCCCUGGGAAUUCCUCAUUCCAAAGGGAAGAUGGUUGUGAGUAUAGCGGAGGACCUGUUACGCACAGCAUCACAGAACAGCAGACUGUCCCUGCAGCGCACUCAGGCUGGCUGGCUGCUGCUUGGGGCUCUGAUGACGUUAGGCCCCUCAGUUGUACGCUACCAUCUUCCAAAAAUGCUUCUGUUGUGGAGAAAUGUGUUUCCUCGUUCCUUGAAGGAGCUGGAGGCUGAGAAAGCUAGGGGAGACUCUUUUACCUGGCAGGUGACUCUGGAGGGCCGCGCUGGAGCACUUUGUGCUAUGCGCAGUUUUGUUGCUCAUUGCCCUGAGCUGCUUACAGAGGACGUGAUCAGGAAGUUGAUGACCCCCAUUGAAUGUGCUAUGACCAUGAUGUCACAUAUAAUUUCUGUGAUUAAAGCUCAUGGAGCACACCUAAAAGCGAGUGCCGCUAUGGUCCGUCUCAGACUAUAUGAUAUACUGGCCCUAUUGCCUCCGAAGACAUAUGAAGGAAACUUUAAUGUGCUUCUACGUGAGCUGGUGGCAGAAUUCACCUUAACCGACAACUCUUCCAACACUACUACGUCUUUGCUGCGCUCCUUGUGUCACUGUGAUGAUAGUGUUCUGCUGGGAUCCUGGCUGCAAGAGACAGACCACAAAUCCAUUGAAGACCAGCUUCAACCUAACAGCGCUUCUGGGAGUGGAGCUCUAGAACAUGACCCAUCAUCCAUUUACCUGCGCAUCCCAGCUGGUGAGGCCGUCCCAGGUCCGCUUCCUCUUGGGGUUUCUGUCAUUGAUGCAUCUGUGGCUCUCUUUGGUGUGGUGUUUCCUCAUGUGUCAUUCAAGCACAGAUUACAAAUGUUGGAUCACUUUGCGGAGUGUGUGAAGCAAGCUAAAGGAGUCCGCCAGCAGUCUGUACAGCUUAAUAUCUUCACAGCGGUUCUUAGUGCACUUAAGGGCCUGGCAGAAAACAAAAGCUCGCUGGGUCCAGAGGAAGUACGAAAGUCUGCAUUGACACUGGUUAUGGGUGCCCUGGACAACCCUAAUCCCAUCCUCAGAUGUGCUGCUGGAGAGGCUUUGGGCAGGAUGGCGCAAGUGGUUGGAGAGGUGACCUUCAUUGCUAGGAUGGCACAGUUCAGUUUUGACAAGCUGAAGUCAGCGCGUGAUGUAGUGUCGCGGACUGGCCACUCACUUGCUCUUGGCUGCUUGCACCGUUAUGUCGGGGGAAUUGGGUCAGGGCAGCAUCUGAAGACCAGUGUCAGCAUUCUCUUGGCACUGGCUCAGGAUGGCACGUCACCAGAGGUUCAGACUUGGUCUCUCCACUCACUUGCGCUGAUAGUUGACUCAAGUGGUCCGAUGUAUCGAGGCUACGUUGAACCAACACUCUCUUUAGUGCUUACACUUCUGCUGACUGUCCCUCCUUCACAUACAGAGGUCCAUCAGUGCCUAGGCCGGUGCUUGGGCGCUAUCAUCACAACUGUGGGCCCAGAGCUGCAAGGCAAUGGUCCCACUAUUUCUACCAUCCGUUCUUCAUGUCUCGUGGGCUGUGCAAUCAUGCAGGAUCACUCCGACUCCCUGGUCCAGGCUGCUGCCAUCUCCUGCCUCCAACAGCUUCACAUGUUCGCUCCUCGUCACGUCAAUCUCUCCAGCCUGGUCCCUUGCCUCUGCGUACAACUAGGCAGUUCUCAUUUGCUGCUAAGACGUGCAGCUGUAGCGUGUCUCAGGCAGCUGGCACAGAGGGAGGCAGCAGAGGUGUGUGAAUACGCCAUGAACCUGGCAAAGAACGCAGCAGAUAAGGAAAGCAGUGGCCUCAAUAUAAACAUAACAGACACUGGUCUGGAAGGAGUGCUGUUUGGAAUGCUGGACCGGGAAACGGAUCGGAAACUGUGCUCCGACAUUCAUGACACUCUGGGUCACAUGCUUUCCUCUUUGGCCAUGGAUAAAUUGUCUCAUUGGUUGCUGUUAUGCAAGGAUGUCUUGGCAGCCACUAGUGAUGUGGGUACAGCUGGUCUGAUAGCUGGAGGAAGGGAUGAAGAGUCGGAGAAAAAGGAUGAAACGGAUGAUGACACCAUGUUUACUACACUGGGAGACGAUGAUAAAUCAAAGCCAUUUGUAGCCCCCCGCUGGGCGACACGUGUGUUUGCUGCAGACUGCCUGUGCCGGAUCAUCCUGCUGUGUGAGAAUGCUAACAAGGCACACUUUGAUUUAGCUGCUGCUCGCACACUGAAGCUGAAAAAUCCCAAAAAUGACCUCUUGGUCCUGCACCUGUCUGAUCUUAUUCGGAUGGCUUUCAUGGCUGCCACUGACCACAGCAACCAGCUACGCAUGGCUGGCCUGCAAGCCCUGGAGGAUAUCAUCAAGAAGUUUGCAUCUGUUCCUGAGCCUGAAUUUCCUGGACAUGUAAUCUUGGAACAGUAUCAGGCCAAUGUUGGAGCUGCUUUAAGACCAGCAUUUUCACAGGAUACUCCUUCAGACAUCACUGCAAAAGCCUGCCAGGUGUGCAGCGCCUGGAUAGGGAGCAAAGUGGUGAGUGACCUGAAUGACCUUCGCAGGGUACACCACCUUUUGGUUUCCUCACUGGACAAGGCACAAACAGGGAAGGGGGCAUCCAGUCAGCUUUACCGUGAGAGUGCCAUAACUAUGGAGAAACUAGCCGUACUGAAAGCUUGGGCAGAGGUUUAUGUUGUUGCCAUGACUAUUAAAAAAGAAGCAGAAAGUAAGCCCACUAAGGCAUUGAAGACCAAUGACGAUGAAGAUGAUGAUUACAAUAACAUUGAUGAGCUUCCUCCUGAUAGCCUUAUCUCAUUGGUUGAGUCAGCACUUCCAACACUUAGCCGGCUGUGGUUGGCGGUACUGAAAGACUAUGCUCUCCUUACCUUGCCACCUGAGUUUGCCAGCCAGCUCCCUCCAGACGGUGGAGCAUUUUAUACUCCUGAAACCAUUGAUACAGCAAGACUCCAUUAUCGCAAUUCCUGGGCUCCUAUCCUGCAUGCAGUGACGCUUUGGCUAAAUUCCACUGGUUUUAAUAAUUCAGACAUUACAGAUGAAGCGAAAAUAUCAAACUCUCAGAAGCGCAACCCUGCCAUAGCAUUGAACCAGCCACCAGGAACACCACCCAGCCCCAAGUCGCUUGUGGAGCUCAACAAAGAUAGAAUGCACCUGAUUUUAGGCAUUAGCAUCCAGUUCUUCUGUGCCCCCCGGCCUGAGGAGCCUGUAGAACAUGUCACAGCUUGUCUCCAGGCUCUACACAUUCUUCUAUAUUCUCCUUUUGCCAGAAGUCACAUAGCAGAGGACCAGGUGAUUGGAGUGGAGCUCCUCAAUGUUCUUCAUCGCCUACUGCUGACUUGUGAUCCAUCCUCCGUUCAGCUUUUAGUCACUAAAGUAGUGCAGCAGAUUGUGAGAGCUGCUUAUGACCAAUUACAGGAGCAAAGAACGGUUCAAAAUAAAGAUGACACAAGUGAAAAGGAAACGCAGACAAAUUUGGGUGAAGGUGAGGAAAGUGGUGGCCUGACCCCAGGAAAGUCUCUUGUCUUUUCUGCUAUGGAGCUGCUAAUGUUCAUCUUGGUACGACACAUGCCACAGCUCAGCUCCAAGAUGUCUGACUCUCCAAGCCACAUUGUCACCAAGCAUCAGCAGCUUUCAGAAGAAAGUGCACGCCUUGUAGCAUCUACAGUGACCAUCCUAGCUGAGCUGCCUCCUCUGUGCUCACCAGCAGGAUGUAUGAACAUACUGCCUACCAUUCUUUACUUGGUCACAAAAGUUCUGAAGGAGACAGCGAUAAAGUGUCCAGAGAAUCAGGUCCCCCUGCCUGUCAGUGCUUGCUUACAAGCCAUAAAGACGAUUGUAACUUCACCAUUGGCCAAGACGGAAAAAACCCAGAAGCAGUGGACGGAUCUGAUGCGUAGCACCUUGGCAUCUAUACUGGAGUGUUCUCAGCCAGUUGACUCCAAACAUACAGCAGAUGAAGUGAGCAUACUGACAGCGGUUGCACUCUUCCUGUUGUCUGCAAGCACAGAGAUAAUCGGGGUGCAAUCAUUGCAGACCGGAUGCAUCAACAGAUUCAAAGAAGCCAUGACCUCCACUGACCCCUGGGUUCAGGCUAAAGGUUACCAACUCUUGCUGACCGUUUUUCAACACUCCAAUAGAGCGCUCUCCACCCCAUAUAUACAUGCUUUGGCCCCCAUCAUGGUUGAAAAUCUGAAGGCCGUUGAAAGGAAGAGACCGAAUAACAGUUCAGAGCUGCUGGUUGUUCAGGAAGGAAUAAAAGUACUAGAGAGAUUGGUGGUAUUAGGAGAAGAAAAAAAUAGAGUCCAACUUCUUGCUCUCCUUGUCCCCACACUAAUUUCUUACUUGCUGGAUGUCAACACUUUCAGUUCUGCUUCACCCUCAUCAAAGGACCUUCAUGAGUUUGCGUUGCAAGACUUGAUGCGUAUUGGGCCUCUUUACCCAUAUGCUUUUAAAACUGUAAUGGGUGCUGCUCCAGAGCUGAAGGCACGCCUAGAAGCUGCCAUCAGGGCCAACCAAGCUAGCAAAGCCAGAGCUGCCUCCCAGCUGCCUGUUCCUACCGUACAAAGCGCUCCUACCAUCAAACUAAAGACCAGCUUUUUCUAGUGAAGAUCCCUCAGUGGAUGGAUUCCAGCAUAAAGUUUCCGAACUAUCUUUUUGAAUUGCUAAGUCACCUUAUUUCAUUCAUUGUUCUAAAAUACCUUCUAGAUUCGGCAGCGAUGGGUGUAACAUCAGGAACUUUUCUAGCAUUAAUAACAUGAACUCCAGGGUAACAUUGCUGCCUUUUACUAGUUCAUGGCUUGGAAUCAGAUCCCAAGAGUUAUUCUUCAUUAUAUCUCGUACAUAUUUUAUAAUGCACUUAUUUUCUAUUCCCUUUGAUGUGUGUAGAAUGAGAAUGCUGGUAUGAUUAGCCUCUAAAUGAAAAUGGACUUCUCACCAGCCGUAUGCUAAUUUGUGUGUUUGUCCCCUUGUGAAAAAUUGCUGCUUCAUAAAAACCAACCAACCUCCCAUGAUUGACAUUCCCUGACUUUGUUGACAUAACUGCAGUUUUAUAGGGCUGGCUUAAAGGUGGGCAGCACCACUACGGUGCAGGGAAGGGGAAGAUAAUGGAUUUAGAUCAGAAAUAUGUUUCUGCUGUAUGAACAUAUUUAGACUUAUUUGGUGUCCAAAUUUGAAGAUCAUCAGCAAAAGUGCAGUAAGGAUUUAUUGUGUUUGACCUUUGACUUGAACAGAACGGCCGAUUCAGGUAAGCAUAUACACUUACUGAUUGGCUGCUCGAUAUGUUGUCUUGGCGUCACAGCUGGGCAGGCAUUUGAAUUUGGCUGUAGUCAAUCCCUGCAGUAAGUGUGCUGGCGGUCCAGAUGUACCCGAUAUAUCUGCAUACGAUAUAUAGAACAGAGCUGUUCAGACACAUCAGGUGUACACACCUGCAUACAGGCUCGUGAUAUAUUGGCCAUUCGCUAGAACGGAUGAUAUAUCGCCUAAUGUGUGCUUAGCAUGGAUAUUCGUGUUAGUGAUGUCACUAGUGAGAUCAAAUGGCAAACAAUCAAAAAACACUCUGGGGAACAUUUGUAAAACCAUACUAACAAUUUAUUUAAACACUGUUGUCCAAGCUACAGUUAAACAAUUGAGGUCUGCAGUCAAACAAACUAGGCCAGAGGUUUCCAAACUGUGUGCCGUGGCUCCCUGGGGUUCCUCGGGACACUUGCAGGGGGGCCCUGGGUUGGUGGUCCAGGACCAAUUCAAAUUAUUCAUGGUCAAUAUAAUAGGUAAAACCAGUGCUGGUGGCUGCCAGUCAUAAAAUAUGUGGCCAAACAGAAGCAAAUCUUGUCCCUCACCACACAACUGACUCUAAGGAUGACAUAUAAACGCGAUCUACUUAAUGUAAUAUUUCUUUCUAAAUUUCUCAAUAAGACAUUUUUGGCCUAGGGGUGCCGUGAAAAAAAAUUCUGAUUAUUCUAGGACGCCGUGAUUCAAAAAAAUUUGGAAACCACUGAACUAGGCUGUUCUCUACCACUACCUCUGCCAAUACAUAUCAAAUAUCCUUCAUUGUCUGCUUAAAUAUAAGAAACACUGGCUGGAGAAACUCGUCUUGGUUUUUAAAAGCAUUAAAGUGCAAAAACACAUGACCUCUCACGGAAAUUAUUUUUUCCACAAACAGUGUAUAACAUUUGGAGUAGCCUAUGUAGAAUAUUAAAGUAGCAUCAGCCUAUCACUUCAGACAGCAGUUUCUGAAUAUAUGUGGACAUUUGGGACAGAAGUCCUCUCUAGUUUGGAUACAAUGCAUCUUAUAAUUUUAUUCCGUAUUAAUUGUUCUGUUACUGUUUGCAUUAAGGUUGUUCCGUCUCCAACCCUUGGUUAUUUAUUAGUGUCUCUUGCUUUACUGUGCAAUAUAGAUGUGUGUUGGAUAUGUUAUUACAAAGUGUAAAUAUGCAAAGUGAAUUUAUUUGAACUUUUACAUUCAUCUCUCCAAUUGACUGUAGCUGUAGAUAUUAAACUGGCGUAUAAUAUCAGACCUUUUACACAUGUGACAAAAUACAGGAACAUUAUUUUGACCGGUAGUAGAAAUUCAGGAGACUGAUCUACAGUAAGUAUAGAUUUUCUGUAGAACACAAAGUUUGUAUACAUUGACAUUUUUUGCAGUACAGCAUUCAGCUUAGUUCAAUAGCAAAGGUGACAGACAAUACUUCCAUUCUCUCUGUUCUCUUAGAACUUAUUUUGUUUUUCACUCACACAUGGAUUUUCUUUAUAUUCCUAUGAAACCUUAUACAGUAAGUACACUAAGGGGUCUAUUCAAUUCUAGUCGGAACUGCCGUCUAGUUGGAAAGAUGGCAGCUUCCAACUUUUUUUUAAGGUGAAUCAUGAUUCGACCUACUCAAUGGGGCUGCCAUUUUUCCGACUUGUCGGAAAACACGUGGAUCGGCAGAUUAGUCACGGAUCCACGUGUUUUGUUGGAUUUGUGGCCAAAUCCGACAGGUUUUUGGUCCGUUUUCGACAAUGUCGAUCUGACUUUAAAAAAAGCCGGAUUGACAUUGUCGGAAACAGUCAAAACUUGUCGGAUUUGGCCUCAAAAUGAAUACUCAACUGUCAGAUCCUUUCCGUCGGAAAGUAUCUGACAUCAAUUGAAUAGACCCCUAAGGGGUAAUUUUUGAUUAGUGCAAUAUAUGCCCACCAUUAAUGUGCACCCCAACAUUUGAUAAUUUUGGGAUAUAUUCACAGGCUAUAUAUAUAUAUAUAUAUAUAUAUAUAUAUAUAUAUAUAUAUAUAUAUAUAUAUAUUAUAUAUAUAUACACACACACACACACACACACACACACACACACACACACCACACACGCAUUUGACAGUAACUGCAUUCCAUUCUUUAUGGAACAGUCCUGUUUUCCUGCUGUCAGAUGUGUGUAGCAUAGCUGCUGAUUGGGGUGUGGUUAGAGCAUAACUGUGACAUGAACUGGGUCUAUUGGGAAUUUGGUCUAACACGUACUGAUAUUAAAUUAGGACUUGUUAUGUUUGAACUCUGUUUUACAAGUGUACUUAUUCAGUUGCAGUAAUGACAAAAUCAGGCAAUGUCUUUUUUUUUUUUUUUUUUUUUAAACACUGCAGUGGCUGACGUUUUUAAAUGACCAGUAAAACAUUUAUGGCGUGGGGCUUAUAGAAAAUGCCCUUUAUUGGCUGCAUUGAUGAUAGUGCUGCCAAUAAUUUCCAUGACAUAAGCAUAGUUGCUUACAUGAGGAGAUUUAGGGCUGCUCACCUUAAGUUUAGCACAAACCUAAGACAUGCCUUGCUGUUACUAAACACAAGCAUGAAUUUGCCAUUCACAACUAACUGCUGAAUAUGUGACAUUUGUGGUACUGAUCAUAAUAUGUUUUAAUGUAAUUUUUUCAUGUUUCUGUUUUUAAGCAACAAAAUACAAAUAAAACAAGCAUGACCGAA